AUGGAAGCAAAGUCAACGCCAGCCACUUCCCCCGCCCAUUCCCAACUGCGCGCGCCGCACAUCCGCGUUCCCCACUAUUUAUGCUUCCGCCACUCCCUUGCCUCCUCUUCCCCACCGCCCUCUCCUUUCGUCAUCCCGCUUCCUUUCCUUCCGCCCGUCUCUCUGUCCCUGUUGCGCUCCAUCCCCUCCGCCUCCCGCUCUCACCGCCCCUCUCCUCUUUUCCCCCAUUUCCCCAUUUCCCCUCUCCCCCGUUCCCCCAUUCGCCCCCACGCGUGGCGAGCGGCAGUGACGGCGCGGCAAGGCGCAUGGAGGCACACACCAAGCUUGCUCCAACCUCCUCCUCUCUCGUGCACCAACCCCGCACACAUGGCAGGUGCUGCUGCGGCACUGGAGCAGAGUGCUGGGCGCUCUGCCGGGGCAGCGCGUGCACGCGGGCAGCAAGGAGCCGUGCACUGCAGGGGGGAAGGGCGCGGGGCAGGGGAGUGGGGGAGGCAGCGCAGGGGAGGCGGGGGAGAGGCAACACGGGGGAAGGGAGGGGGGCUGGGGAGGGGAAGGCGUGGCGGCGUUUUGCAGCGGAGCGGGGGAGGCUGUGCUGCGGCACAUGGAUGA